GCCUUAUCCGUCCAGUCUCCCCAAAUUUAAAACACCAAGAUAAAAUAAUUUCCUUUUUUUCUUAAAUAAAAUUAUCGUGCUCCAUCGCAAAUGGCUACCGUCGGAUUUCCAUCACCGGCGGCGAAGCUGUCCACGCCCCGGCCCUUCCUCUCCCAGCGUGGACGCCGGGGGGCGAGGAAUCUCCCCAUCUGCGUCCGGUGCUCCACAGAGGCGGCUCCGGGCACCGCUGCGGAGGAGGAUACCGCCUCCACCGCGUCUCCUCCCCCGGCUCCCGAGCCCUUCUCGUCCCUCAUCUCCUCCUCCAACGUCGAGAAGGCCCUUCGAGGCAUCCCGAUUACGAAUGCCGAUCAUUACGGGAGGCUGGGGAUCCCGAGAAGCACUUCCUCUGAUGAGGUUAAGGUCGCCUAUGAAAAGAAGUGCGACCAACUGAGGAAUAAAGGAUUGGAUGAAGAGGAAGUCAGCAAGGAGCUAGAACUCUUGAAGGAAUCUUAUGGAGUACUCUCAUCCGAGGAGGAGAGGAGAUUAUACGACUGGAGUCUGGCUAGAAGCGAGAACCCAGAUAGAUAUGUUUGGCCUUUUGAGGUUGACAUAACACAAACUCCAAAAUGGCCUCCUCCUCCACAGGAACCCGAAGAUGAGGGGCCAACAAAGCUCGUGGGAUACUUUUUCCUAGCUUGGUUGAUACUGUCUUUUGUAUUAUCUGUAACCUUAAACCGAUGAGACAUUUCUUCAUGUUGCAUGAUAAACAUAAGUACUUAAUAUUAUUGUUUUGUGUCUGAUUAAAUGUACCUCGUCAUCUUGAGCAUCUUACCCAAACAAUCUCUUGUUCGGUUUAAAGUCGACGAUGGCCGCUUAGGCCAUUGGGUGCGUCAGUUUUCAAAUGCAUACAUCCUCCGUUUUGGAUGGAUUCUUCAGU